AUGGGAAGAGUCAACCUGCUUCCACAAGGCCCUGCCGUCAGCCAGGCUGGGCAAGCAGCAUCCGGCGUGUACCAAGUGGUUGCAUCUUUGGCAAUGGUCUUGGGAACCCACACCCUCCAUUUGCGGCCCCAGAAGGGCUGUACCCCCUGGCCCAGCUGCUGCCCCAGCAAAGGACAGAACCCCACUGAGAAGUGGCUGAAGUGGGACACUGUGCUUAUGCCUCCCCCAGAGACCACCAGCCUUGCCCACCACCCGGGAUCCUGCAAGGCCAGUGAAGACGGACCCCUCAACAGCCGGUCCAUCGCCCCCUGGAGAUACAAGUUGGACAGAGACUUGAACUGGCUGCCCUUGGACCUGUACCGCGCACGUUGCCUGUGUCCACACUGCGUCAGCCUCCAGACAGGCUCCCACAUGGACCCCCUCGGAAACUCGGAGCUGCUCUACCACAACCAGACCGUUUUCUACAGGUGGCCGUGCCCUGGAAAGCAGGGCGCGCAUGAUGGCUACUGCCUGGAACGCAGGCUCUACCCCGUCUCCUUGGCUUGUGUGUGCAUGCGGCCCUGUGUGAUGGCCUAGCUGGGCCGCCCGUGGCUGGUCCCUGGUCAAACACUGGAGCUGGGUGUACAACCACCUGUUGCCACGGUGAGCCAGGACGCCCGAACGCUCAGCCCCUCCAAGGCACCACCUGGAGCAGCAGGAUCUUGGGACAGGAUGGGGGACUUUGCGGGGAACCGCACUUUGCACUUUUUGAAGUGGAUGGGAAAUGCAGGGCGAAUCCAAGGCAGCAGCAGCGGCUGCUUAUGGCCCCUGGAAACUGACAUCCUCGCAUUUCCUCCUGCGAAAAGUCUUCAAAGCUCUGCCUGUUUCUGUCUCUUCUUUCCUUCCACUCCCAGCUGCCCUGGUGCAGUGCAGGCACUUUCUGAAAUUUUUCCCUUUGCCAAUGGAGAGCCCUUCAUUUCAUUUGUUCGUCCGUUCAUUCAUUCAUUCAUUCAUCAAACACUCAGUGAGCAUCUACUUUGGAUGCUCUACCUUACACAUCCUGGUAUAGUUACUAAUC